UUCUGCAUUCUGUCAAUGGCGAAUAGGACAUUUAACCUGAAGACGAAGGUCAAAACAGCCUUCCGGAGUGUCCGAUCGAGAUCCAAAGUGAAAAUCGGGAACAAAAUGAGAGCAUUCAGGCACAAGUUCGGAUUGACGAGUCCGACCACCAACAGUGACGAGCACGAGAACCUCUACCUGCCUUGCUACACUACCAAUCAAGCAGGGGGGAUUUCAAAAUGCCGAAUUUGUGAUCUCGAGAUGAAGAAGCCCGGCCAAAAUAUAUUGAAGCCAUUUUGUUCGCACGAAUGCCAUUUUGAAUGCAUCGUCGAUUACUUAAAACUUACCAACGACGAUUGCCCUAUAUGCGGUAAAAAUUGGGAACCUCUUAUGAAAGAGUUCGCUAAUUCGGAACCUAUUUUGGCGGGAAAGAAAUGAAGGCUUUCCGUCCCUGCGGCUCUUACGGAUCCAUGAUAUGUGAAAAAUAUACUAUAGCCCAUACUCAAAUGGGUUUUUCGCAUUGUAGAUUAGUACAUAUUAGCAAAAUCGAAAUA